CUUAGCGAGGAGCGGCGGUGCUCGUCCGUAAACAUCCGUGUACCGGUCUGGACCGAGAGUUCUGCAGCUACGGUGCUUGUUCAUAAACAUCAGUGUGGCCGGUGUGGACCGAGAGUUUGCAGCGUGUUCAUAAACACCCGUGUACCGGUCUGGAGCGAAGAGUUUUGCAGCAAAGGGAAGAGACUCGAGUCGUAGCUCGAGUUGCGAGCUAGAAAUGUAGUGACCUUGUUGCUUUUAUUUUUGCAUCUGCAAUAUGAAGAAUGGAAGAAGACGACGUGACUAUCCGAGAGCAGAAUUUUCACAGCCAGGUUCGAGAGGACAUCAUUUGCUUCCUCCUGUUCGCUGUCCUUUACAUCGUUUCCUACUGCAUCAUAACCAGAUAUAAGAGGAAGACUGAUGACCAUGAGGACGAAGAUGCUGUUGUCAACAGGAUAUCAUUGUACUUGUGCACCUUCACCCUUGCAGUGUCGGGUGGUGCCGUCUUCCUGCUGCCUUUUUCAAUCAUUAGCAGUGAGAUCCUGCUCUCUUUCCCCAGGAACUAUUACAUUCAGUGGCUCAAUGGAUCGCUUAUUCACGGUCUGUGGAACCUGGUGUCACUGUUCUCCAACCUUUGCCUGUUUGUCCUGAUGCCAUUUGCCUAUUUCUUUUUGGAGUCUGAGGGAUUUGCAGGAUCGAAAAAGGGCAUUAGGGCACGGGUUUUGGAGACGUUUGUGAUGCUGUUCUUGCUGGCUUUGCUUAUUCUGGGUAUCGUGUGGGUGGCGUCGGCCCUUAUUGACAAUGACGCAGCCAGUAUGGAGUCGCUAUAUGAUCUUUGGGAAUUCUACCUGCCGUACCUCUAUUCCUGUAUAUCUCUGAUGGGGGGACUGCUUUUACUAAUGUGCACUCCUGUGGGACUAUCCAGGAUGUUCACUGUAAUGGGCCAGUUGCUGGUGAAGCCAGCAAUCCUAGAGGACCUGGAUGAGCAGAUUUACUGCAUCCAUUUGCAGGAGGAAGCCCUUCAGAGGAGAUUAAACGGUUCAUCCAUACACACUUACAUAAGAGGAGGCUUUAAUCACCCCCUCAACAAAGAAUUGGACAAUAUUCGAAAUCAGAGAAAUAAACUGGAAAGAAGAAAGAAAGCAUCAGGAUGGGAGAAGAACUUGUUAUAUCCCAUAGUGAUGUUGAUCCUGCUCACAGGAACGACAAUCUCUGUUAUUAUGGUGGCACUGAAUAUCCUCUACCUGCUAGUGGAUGAGACUGCAAUGCCCAAGGGAUCCACAGAUCGAGGCAUUGGGAACACCUCUCUGUCCACGUUCGGCGUGGCUCAGGCAGUGCUGGAGAUCAUCCUCAUGUUCUACUUGAUGGUGUCGUCCGUCGUUGGCUUCUACAGCCUCCGUGUCUUUGAGGGACUUACUCCCAGGAAGGAUGACACAACCAUGACAACGAUCAUCGGUUGCUGUGUGUCCAUAUUGGUACUGAGUUCAGCCCUGCCAGUGAUGUCCAGAACUCUAGGUAUCACGAGGUUCGAUCUUUUGGGAGACUUUGGGAGAUUUAACUGGCUGGGAAACUUUUACAUCGUUCUUUCAUACAACUUGCUGUUUGCAGUUGUGACAACGCUUUGUCUCGUGAGAAAAUUCACCUCAGCGGUCCGUGAAGAUCUUCUAAAGGCAUUGGGUCUGGAUAAAUUGCAACUGUCAAACAGCCCUACAGACCCUGAAUCUGGGAAGCUUUCGGCCAACGGGCAUCAGAAAACUCUGUGAAAGGGACGAUAUAGCAUCUCUCACACACACAUACACACAUUAGCAGAGCCAAAGGGAGAUUUCGACUGUACUGCCUGACUGCUGAAAGGCGAAAAGGAUUGGAAGGAACUUAAUAAACCCAGGCAGUGUCUGACUGUUGCUUCAAAUAGAGGCUGAGAGCAAUUUAGCUUCGUGACAUUCCAUCCUCGGUGUCUCAGAUGGAAGCUGGGACAGAGCCAGAGCUGAGACUGAGGAGUAAAAUAGACUGACAUCACUGCAGCGACCUUGAUGCUGACCUCAACCACAACUGUGACUUCAAACCACACAUCUCUUGCUUCAGAGGCUUUCUUCCUCCUGACAUUGGCACCUGGUUUUCUUCUACCACCUCUAAAAUGAUGUACUUUCUACCUGGUUUCUCUUUGUCAAAGUCUUAAUACAGGCUCUGUAGUAAGUAACUGAAAUACAAUCCCACAAUUCAAUCACUUUUGGGUUUAAUGUCUUUUUUGAAAAUCUGUGCAAGUCAAUUGCCAUUUACGAUCUGAGAUUUUUAAAAAAGAAAGGAAAAAAGUGAAAAAAAAACAAGAAAGCAUGACUUUUUUUUCUAAAUCACACCCUUCACAGCCAGUUAUUAAAACUGCACUAAAAAAACUGCAAAACUGCAUUAAAACCUUCAUGCAGUUCACAUUAUAUGCAUUUCUGUUGUUAUUCUGAAUGACAGGCUUCAGAUGUUAGCCCCUCUGGCUGUCAUUGUAUUUUUAUCAAGCUUUUGCGCAAGUGCAUUUUAACUGUGACGAUGUCAUUAGAAAUGUUUUGGUUUUGUUCUUUGGGUGGGUGGAGGGGGCUAUGGGAAACUAUUGUGGGGGUUUUACCCACCUCAAUCUCACUAAACAGAAUGCUUUAAGAUUUUAAGUGAGUUUGAGAUGGUAUUUCCAAAUAUUUUGUUAUGCACAUGUUAAGAAAAUGUCACAUUUUUUUCUUGUCCCCCAUAAAAAAAUAUAGGGCACAGGAAAUUGCAAUAUCUGUAAAUUACAAGAUCUGUACAUGUAUUGUUUUAGUACCUCUUUUCCAUGAAUUAGAUGUAAAUAUUGACCUCUCGUUGACCCCACUGAGAGUCUAAGCAAUUUGUCAUCCAUUUUUUUUUUUUUUUUUUUUUUACAUUUUUUUAAAAUAUAUAUAAACCCAUAAAUUUCAUGUAAACAUGUAACAGUCUCCACACAAACAACACGCAUGGCAGAGGAGUUCAGCUUUGGUGACUCAGGCCUUCUUUGUGUUGUUGCAUUGCAGCCUAAACUGUGAUGUUCUCUGUCUCCAGAACCACCUUAAAUGCCUUAUGACAAGCAUCUCGCAAGCUAAAUGUUUGUUCUGUGGAGUUUAUGCACAUGCACAUGUACAUUAUAAUUAUCUAGACACUUCCACUGUGAUCCUCUGUCUGCCGCUCAGUCUCUCGUCCAAAGGCAGCUGGAUGUCACAAUUCUUGUCACCGUGAAUGUUAUCGCAGCAGUUCCACUUUAAGACGCAUUCAUUAUCACAACUGGAGCACAUGCUGGGAUGAACUGGAGUGAUCUUGUUGUUUUUAUGGAAAUAUAAAUGACACCAAAACAAUGAAGGAAAAACUCUUUAGGAACAGAAAGUAAUUUACAUCAAAACUGAAGUUACAUGUAAUAUUAUAAUAAUUAUAGGAAAUGUAAAACAUUGGCACUAUCCCAAAUCCUUAUAGUGUCUUUCCAUCUUAAAUCCAAAGAACGAUGACAUUUGAUCGUUAAAGAUGCCAUUUCAAGCAAACAGGUACUGGCAAACGUCUGGCAGAUCUUACGGCAUAUUGUGUGCUAUAUCUCUGUGUUUUUUAUUUAUUUUUAUUUUUUUAAACCAUCUACAGCUAUUUUAUUGACAUCCGAGUGACGCCGAUCUGUGGAUAUGUGUGUGUGGGGGGGGACAAGGUAGCAGAAGUGAAAUUGUAAUACAAAGACAUGAAGUAACUUGGUAAGGGAGCCAGUUGGGUGAGGAACUCAACAGCAUUUUUUUUUUUUUUAAAUAAGUGUGAUUGAGCCAUUGUUAAACUGAAAUGGGUUACAUAGUUGAGCUUACAUCCACUCUAUGGCAAAAAGUGGACUCUGUGAUUCUUGGCAGGGAAAAGAUUAAAACAACUCCCUGCAGUCACCUCUUCGGUGGGAGCUGCAGGGUCAUUUCGAUGCGUGUACUGUAGGCUCUUUCUGGUUGCCUUUCUAGUCAGAUGUGUUAUGUGUGGAGAUUUGCGAUUUUGAGAGUUGGUCUAUGUUUAAGUGAAACUUCUUUCUGUCUGUAUGUCAGUUGGUCAAUGCAUGUAAUAUUUGUACAUGUUUCGCGAAUGUAUUUUUUUAUGAUCUCUGUUUGCUAAAUGUUUGUUUUUGUUAUUUUUGAUGUUUUGUGUGUUUGGAAAUAAAACAAAGGCAUUCAUGAUU